UGGAACACUUUAUGCUAUAGGAAACUUGUAAGGUAUUGUGAGCCAUGAGUGAGGGUUAUUAUUUAGAGUUAAGCGAAAACCCUGUCCAGUUUGAAAGUGCAUCGAGUGUCAACAACGUGUUUUUCGAUGAAGCUAAUAAACAGGACCAUGGUGUAACACAACAGUGGGCAAGACUACUUCACACGCUGAUAUACAACAGCCUGAGACGAGCGCAAUGUGACUGAUGUAGCUUUUUUUUUAUUUGGAGGUUUUUGCUGUGCGAUCUGGUGGUGCCACUGGGGUUGUGGUCAAGGGCCCAGAGGACAAGAACUCGAUCGCUUUCAGAAUGGAUGACAAAGGAGAGGUAAAAUGUAUAAAGUUUUCAUUGGGGAACAAAAUCUUAGCUGUUCAGCGAACACCAAAAACAGUGGAUUUUAUAAACUUCAUUCCUGAUUUGCCCCAUAUGGAAUUCUCCCAUGAAUGCAAGACCAAGAAUUCUAGUGUUCUGGGCUUUUGUUGGACCAGCUGGAAUGAAAUAGUUUUCAUCACUGACCAGGGGAUAGAAUUUUACCAGGUGCUGCCUGAAAAACGAACCCUGAAGAUUUUGAAGAGCCAGAGCAUUAAUGUGAACUGGUAUAUAUACUGCCCCGAGACUGCAGUCCUCGUACUGUCCACCACUGUGCAAGGCAAUGUUCUGCAGCCCUUUGCUUUUAAAAAUGGGACAAUGUCGAAAAUGCCAAAGCUUGAGAUUGAGCUGCCAGUGGCCCCCAAACCAGCUAAAAUUGUCCUUUCAGAACGUGAUAUUGCAGUUGCCACCAUUUAUGGUCAGCUCUAUGUAAUGUAUCUUAAACACCAUACACGAACUACCAACAGCUCAGGAGCAGAAGUAGUUUUGUAUCAGUUAGUCAGAGAAGGAUCCUGUAAAAAGGUACAUGUGCUGAAGUUGAACACUUCAGGCAAAUUUGCUCUGAAUGUUGUGGAUAAUCUGGUGGUAGUGCAUCAUCAGAGCUCACGGACUUCUCUUAUCUUUGAUAUCAAGUUAAAAGAGCCAGAUGGUGCUGUGAAUAUUCACCAACCUGUACUGCCUGCACAGUCCAUCCACCCCUACAAGAUCUCUGUCACAGGUCCAGUGGCCACUCCCAGUCAGGCAUCAGUGCAGUGUGAGCUUUACUCAUCAUCUUGGAGUGUCUUUCAACCAGAUAUCAUAAUCAGUGCAAGUGAAGGUUAUCUUUGGUAUCUUCAUGUGAAGCUCCAUCCAACUGUGAACCUCCUUCAAGACAAAGGAAAACUGAUGGACUUUCUGCUGCACAGAAGUGAUUGCAAAAUGGUCAUCCUGUCCGUAUGCUCUCAGAUGCUUGUAGGUGGAGAGAAAGGAAACUUGCCUGUAGUGGCCACUGUAUUUGAUAAGCUAAACCAAGUGUAUAAGGAAUACCUGGAGGCAGAGCAAGCAUACACUUUGGCUAUGGAAUCUGGACCUAGUCGCUUUAGUAACUCCUGUAAAAGACCAGUUCGAACACAAGCAGUCAUUGAUCAGUCAGACAUGUACACACACGUCUUCUCUGCGUUUACAGAAAAGAAGGGUGUAUCACAUAAGUUCGUCAUUGCUGUUCUCAUGGAAUACAUUCGCUCGCUCAACCAGUUCCAAAUCACUGUUCAGCACUACUUUUAUGAGCUGGUUAUCAAAACUCUGGUGCAGCAUAAUCUCUUCUACAUGCUUCACCAGUUCCUCCAAUAUCAUGUGCUGAGUGACUCCAAACCACUGGCAUGCUUGUUGCUGUCUUUAGAGAGCACAUACCCUCCUGCUCACCAGCUCUCUCUAGAUAUGCUCAAGAGGCUCUCCACAGCUAAUGAUGAAAUUGUGGAAGUACUCCUGUCCAAACAGCAAGUCCUCGAAGCUCUCCGAUUUGUCCGCAGUGUUGGUGGCCAUGACAACGUCUCAGCACGCAAGUUUUUGGAUGCUGCACGGCAGACUAAUGACACAAUGCUCUUCUAUACAAUCUUCCGUUUCUUUGAGCAAAGAAACUUUAGGUUACGUGGAAAUCCUGCUUUUAAUCCAGGUGAACACUGUGAGGAACAUGUCACUUACUUCAAAGAAGUGUUUGGAGAACAAACACUGAUGAAACUUCCAGUUGUUUGAAGAAAAUGAUGGAGAUAUACAAGCCAUGUUCCUGAACCAAUUUUAAAUGAUCAAUCUGACUUGAACUGACUUUUUAAUACGUUUCAAUUUUUUCACAUUCAAGCUGUAUUACAUUCAUUCCUACGGAGUAGUUAAAUGUGUUUCUGUAGUAGUUUCCAUGUGUUUCCAUUGGCAUUAGAAACUUUAUGUAACUUUGUUCCUUUGCAUCAAGUCUAAUAGUGUGCUUUUGUUGCCACUGCACUGCAGUUUGAACAAAUUGGGCAAUGCAAAUAAUGUGAUGAAGUUUAGCUUUAUGUAAAUGAGAAGUUAUUAGGUAACUACCACCCUUACUGUGAAACAUUUUGUGGCUAUCUGACCAUUCACUUAUAUGUACCAUGCCUCCCCUUUUGCUGUUGCAAGAGCCUGCACUUAUCUGGGAAUGCCUUCCACUAUAUAGUGGAAGGUGGCUGUGGAGAUUUGUGUCUGUUCAGCCAGAAGAGUAUUAGUGAGGUCAGGUACUGAUGUCAGGUGAGAAGACCCUGGUGCAUAGUCAACCCUAAGAUGUUCAAUGGGGUUGUAGUCAGGGCUUAGGCUAUUUGAGUUCCCCCACAUCAGCCUUUGCAAGCUAGGUCUUUAUGGAUCUUGUUUUUGUUCAUGCAACGUUAUCAGAUGAAACCGGUUUAGAGCAUUUAAUUCCAGGUAUAGGGAAAUAUUAACGCUAAAGUAUACAAAGAAUUUCUAGACAAGUCUCCGCUUACAAGUUUGUGGUAACAGGGGAAGGCCUACAUAUGUGUGAGGUCAGAUGUCCACAUACUUUAAAGGCAUAUAGUGUAAAUAACUAUGUAAGCAGUAAAUAACAAAACACCAGAAAACAAUACAUUGUUAGCAUUUACUAAUUAAUUCUAAUGUUUAACUAAUGUACAAAGCAUAAACAGAGAUGCAAUAAAUAAAUAUAUAAAAUAAAUAAUUGCAGAUUCAUAAGUUA